AUGCCGCUUCACAAUGGCUUCCUACCUCACGAAGAGUUCAAGGCCGACACAGUCCUUAAGAUUAUCCGCAACACGGCGCUAAACCCGAAGCUGCUGCUCCCCAUCAUCCUACUCGCCAGGUUCACCAAAAAGGGCGAGGACCUGUCCAUCCUCCACCUCCUAGCCCUCUCCCGCAUCAAGACGCUCUUCUACAUUGGUAUCGCCCGGGUGCCCUCAACGACGCUGCUGGACGCGAGCGAGCGCGACAUCCGCUUCACGUUCGACGUCAACACGCUCGCGCACUACUGGAUCGUGCGCGAGUUUCUGCCCUUACUAAUCAAGGCGGACCACGGCAUGGUCGUGACCGUGGCGUCGGUCGCCGCCUGGGUCACCGUGCCCAACAUGGUCGACUACUCGGCGUCGAAAGCCGCGUCGCAGAGCUUCCACGAGGGGCUCGCGGCUGAGCUCAAGACGCGGUACGGCGCGCCGCGCGUGCGCACGGUGGUGGUCAACCAGGGCUAUACGCGCACGCCGCUGUUCACGGGCUACCACAACGACAGCCCGUGGCUGAUGCCGGCGCUCGGGCCCCAGACCGUCGCCGACGCCAUCGUGUGCCAGGUCCUCUCGGGCACCUCGGGCCAGCUCCUGCUGCCCGCCAACGAGACUAUCAUGACCAAGUUUGCCGGCCGCAAGGUUGUUGAAGACGUCGACAAGUCCUACGAGACCAAGGAGCCCAGGGAGGCCGACGUGGGUGCGAGCGCCGUCUUGGUGCCGCCGCAGGCGAAGGAGUAG